AUGAAUAUUGAAACGUUAGAGAAGCGAGUAUGUGAACUAGAACAUUUAGUAUUUGGACCUACUAAAUCAGUGAAAAGGCUUACAACUGAACAUGAAAAAAAUUUAGUGGAUCAACUGUAUGAACUAUACUCUGCUAUGUCAGUUGCUGAAAAACGUCCAGUUAGUAGUAAAUUACUAUCAAGAAUUAAUGAGAUUCAAAAAUACACCGACCCAAAUUUCAUGGAAGAUGAUACACUUUUGGCUCAGUCUAAAAUUGAAAUUAUUUUAGCUCAACGAGACAGGAUAGAGAAAAUCGGUAGUGAUCUUGAAAAGAUUUCAAAGUUGCGAGAUUGUUUAAAUCAUCCAGCAUUUGGAGAAAUCAGUACGCUAAAACAGAAGUUUGAAGAUCUACGAAUGGUACAUAAUGAUCAAUAUGUUAUGUCCGAGAAGUUGAUCGCUGAUACACAAGCUUUAUUAGAUACAUAUCAUAAUUUGAUACGUGACACAUCUAAAUUAUUCAUAUAUUGGAAUCAACGUGCUUUAGCCACAGGAUCAUCAGUGGACUCAUCUGAUUCAUGA